UAAAUACAAUCUCUCUCAUCUCACCAGGCAAAAAUUGUGUCACUCAAAUUUGGAAUCACCCCCUAUUUCCCCGGAAACCCCGGUUAUGAUGAUCAAAGGCAAAGCAGCAAGACGAAAGGGCCUCAGAAAGGAAGCAAACACCCUCAGUCAUUUUUUCCAGAAGAAGACCCCUGUGAUUCCCUCAUCAGAGACCCAAACAAGUCUUAAGCUUCAUGUGCCAGUCAAAUCAGAACCCAUGGAGCUGUGUUUACAGCAGCUAGGUAACGUCAAGCAAGAAAAUGUAGAGGAUACAAUGGGAAUGGUGAAAGACGAAAAGAUGGAUGUAACUGCUUUUCCUUCCACUUCUCACAAUAAGCCACUGGUUAAAGUGGAAUGCCCUGUCUGUGGAGUAGGUGUGCCCGAACAGCACAUUAAUAAACAUCUGGAUAUGUGCUUGAGCAGAGAUGAUAAGAAGGAGGGAUUGAGAAGUGGUGGAAGGCGAAAGGCGAUGCCUAAGCUCUUGUACACUUUGAUUACUGUUCCAAAGCUCAAGAAGAUGCUUAAAGAGUGUCACCUGUCCGCUCAAGGCAGCAGAGAUCAACUCGUGCGACGCCACCAGGAAUUCACCCACAUCUAUAACGCACAGUGUGAUGCACUCAACCCCAAAUCAGCUGAAAAAAUUGCCAAAGAACUUGAAAACAAUGAGAGGUUAAAGAAUCAAAUGGAGAGUAAACGAAAACCUGUAAUCGUCACUACGAAGAAUCAGACUGCUGAAGAAAUUGAGGAGUUGCACUCAAUGUACCGGAAGCAGCACAGUAGCGAAUUUUCCCGUUUGAUUGCCCAGGUCAGAGGUCGUCUGGAGACAUCCAAGAGAGCACCGGUCAAACAGGAAGAGAAGUCUGCAGAGGAAACGGACUCCAAAGGUUCACCAAACAGCAUUCAGAACACUCCCCAGCCUCUCGUUUCUGCAAUGCUGGAAGUAAAGAGUGAAGAGAUGGAUGGGGUAAUUGAGCUUCCAUCAAGAUCAUCAAGCCCUACAAUCAGUGAAGUGUCAGUCAGCAGACACAGCGAGUGAGUUCUCCUCUCCAGAAGUCCAGAGCAGCCUGUUACAGAGAGAAGUCUCCAUUCCCAUAGGGAAGAUGUUUGAAGACCCUGUGAAGAGACACCCCCAGUUCAUUAUGUAACAAGAGUAUCAUUUUCAAGGUUUUUCUGAACUGAAUGUGUGGUCUAAAUGUCAUGAAGUGAUUUUGAUUU